UCUCGCUCCUGUCUUCGUCCUCCUGCCCGUGACGCCGCCGCUGCCGCCAUGAGAGAAAUUGUGCACCUGCAGGCCGGGCAAUGCGGAAACCAGAUUGGCGCCAAGUUCUGGGAGGUGAUCAGCGACGAGCACGGCAUCGACCCCACCGGGACCUACCACGGCGACAGCAACCUGCAGUUGGAGCGGAUCAAUGUCUAUUAUAAUGAGGCCACCGGUGGUAAGUACGUGCCACGGGCCGUGCUGGUGGACUUGGAGCCCGGCACCAUGGACUCGGUGCGCUCUGGGCCAUUCGGACAGAUUUUCCGUCCGGACAACUUCGUCUUCGGUCAGAGUGGUGCUGGCAACAACUGGGCCAAGGGGCACUACACAGAAGGCGCAGAGCUGGUCGACUCUGUGCUGGAUGUGGUCAGGAAGGAGGCGGAGAGCUGUGACUGCCUGCAGGGCUUCCAGCUGACCCACUCGCUGGGCGGUGGCACUGGCUCCGCCAUGGGCACGCUGCUCAUCAGCAAGAUUCAAGAGGAGUACCCCGACCGCAUCAUGAACACCUUCAGCGUGGUGCCCUCGCCCAAGGUCUCUGACACGGUGGUGGAGCCCUACAACGCCACGCUGUCUGUGCACCAGCUGGUGGAGAACACGGAUGAGACCUACUGCAUCGACAACGAGGCCCUCUACGACAUCUGCUUCCGCACCCUCAAGCUGACCACACCCACCUAUGGGGACCUCAACCACCUGGUGUCGGCCACCAUGAGCGGUGUCACCACUUGCUUGCGCUUCCCCGGCCAGCUCAAUGCCGACCUGCGCAAGCUGGCCGUCAACAUGGUGCCCUUCCCACGCCUGCACUUCUUCAUGCCAGGCUUCGCGCCGCUGACCAGCCGGGGCAGCCAGCAGUACCGUGCCCUGACCGUGCCCGAGCUCACCCAGCAGAUGUUCGACGCCAAGAACAUGAUGGCUGCCUGCGACCCUCGCCACGGCCGCUACCUAACGGUGGCCGCUGUCUUCCGGGGCCGCAUGUCCAUGAAGGAGGUGGACGAGCAGAUGCUCAACGUGCAGAAUAAGAACAGCAGCUACUUCGUGGAGUGGAUCCCCAACAACGUCAAGACGGCCGUGUGCGACAUCCCACCCCGGGGCCUAAAGAUGUCGGCCACUUUCAUUGGCAACAGCACGGCCAUCCAGGAGCUGUUCAAGCGCAUCUCCGAGCAGUUCACCGCCAUGUUCCGGCGCAAGGCCUUCCUGCACUGGUACACGGGCGAGGGCAUGGACGAGAUGGAGUUCACCGAGGCUGAGAGCAACAUGAAUGACCUGGUGUCCGAGUACCAGCAGUACCAGGACGCCACGGCCGAGGAGGAGGGCGAGUUUGAGGAGGAGGCCGAGGAGGAAGUGGCGUAGGGCGGCCGGCAGGGAAGCAGAAGCAUUAGCGGUGUGAACUCUUUAUUCACUCUCAGCCUGUCGGUGUACACGUCUCACUGUCCUGCACUUGCUGUCCUUCUGUCUCACAUCACACUCUGUACAGACACCUCCAUUAAAGCAUUUUCAUAGUGAAAAAAA